AUGGCACAGCAGGAGCGCAAACCCCUCCCCUUCGCCUACCAGUUCCUGGCAGGCGCAAUCGCAGGCGUGACGGAACUCCUCUGCCUCUACCCGCUCGAUGUCGUCAAGACUCGCAUGCAGCUGCAGGUCGGCAAGGCGGUCCCCGGCGCAGAGCACUACGACGGCAUGGUCGACUGCUUCCGCAAAAUCAUCGCCAAGGAAGGCGCUGGCCGCCUCUACCGAGGCCUCGUGCCGCCUUUGAUGCUCGAGGCGCCAAAGCGUGCCGUCAAGUUCGCCGCCAACGACUUCUGGGGCAAGACGUUCAAGCAGACGUUCGGCGUCGACAAGAUGACCCAGAGCCUCUCGAUCCUCACCGGCUGCAGCGCAGGCGCAACCGAGAGUGUCGUCGUCGUCCCCUUUGAGCUUGUCAAAAUCCGUCUCCAGGACAAGAACAGCACGUACAAGGGACCGAUGGACGUCGUCGCCCAGAUCGUCAAGAAGGACGGUCCGCUCGGACUGUACGCUGGCCUCGAGCCGACGUUCUGGCGGCAUGUGAUGUGGAACGGCGGCUACUUUGGAUGCAUCUUCCAAGUCCGCGCCCUCUUGCCCAAAGCCGAGACCAAGUCGGCUCAGCUCUUUAACGACUUCGUCUCGGGUGCCGUCGGCGGUUUCGUCGGUACCGCCUUCAACACUCCUUUCGACGUCGUCAAGUCACGCGUGCAGAACUCGGUCAAGGUGGCGGGUCAGGUACCCAAAUACAACUGGACAUUCCCGUCGCUCCUCCUCAUCGCGCGGGAAGAAGGCGUCGGCGCGCUCUACUCUGGCUUCCUCCCGAAGGUCUUGCGACUCGCACCGGGAGGCGGUGUACUCCUGCUCGUCGUCGAAUUCACUCUCGGCAUAUUCCGCAAGCAGCUUGGCCCGCCCUAUGUCUGA